AUGUAUCAGAUUUUAGGAAAGGAUGAUCAGGUUUACCUCACUCAAAUGUUAAAAGCAGCCAGCCCUCUUCCUGCAAACCUCAGAAGACUUCUGGAGUCUCUAGCUACUGCUCUUGCUCAAGGGUCAGUCCUUCAAUGGGAAGCCAGCAACUUCAUGCCCACCACAAAGGAUAACUUAUCUUGGCAGGCAACACCUCCGGUCUCCCCCCAUGCAGUCCCCUUGUUUACUUCAGAUCCUGGUGCUUCCUGGCUUCAUGAAAACAACCUCCCCCAUCAUGCUGGAUACUGCAGGCAGUACAACAUGGAUCCAGAUCAGGGACUGUGUGUAGAAGAGAGGAGAACAGAGGCUGAAGGUGGAGCUGGGGUUUCAGAAGUGGGUGAAGAAGGACAGGAGGUGCAGGAAGGGAAGGUGCAGGAUGGGGACCCAGAGGCGGGACAGGCAGGGGAAGCAGGACAAGGACAAGGACAAAGAAAUAUGAUGAAGAAGUGUCAGAGAGAAUCUUUCAAUCCCAAAGUCUGGGCAAAGGGAAUCAGCAAAGGUCUUGCAUGCCAGGAGGUUCCAAAGUGUUUCCCUGUGACUGGCCAAGAUGUAACUAUCAAUUUUUUGCUCAUGGUCAACUACAUCAGUCUAGUCACCCAAUGUCAAAGGGUCCACUGGCAGAAUCAGAAGAUCUCACUCAGGAUGUUCCAGAAAUGGCACUCUGCUGGCUCAAAAUUUGCCACUUUAGCAGGCGGAGGGACUAUCUAUGUGCUGAUACUUAUUGCUGGCCUUGUCAAUAUUCUUUCUUCACAUCAGCUACUAAAGGAUGGAGGCUUCGUCAGGUCAUCUGACAGGUUCUUUGAUUGGAUUAUUUCUAACAACUUCACUCUGCUUUCAAGAACAUCUGAGUGGGAUAGAGGGUCUGCAAGUGAGGGGGCAAGUGCCAGCUCAAGCAGUACCACUCCAACAGUCCUUCCUUGUGUGUUUAUGACUGACAGGAUGCUUGAGCAGCUUGCUCCACAUGCUGAUGAUCAGACAGAAGCUUCUGCCAUCCCUACUACAUUGCUUGAAGACCCUCAGGCUGUGAUCCCUAGAAAAGAUGACAUUGGAAGGGAGCUGAAGCCUAUGUUGGGGAUGUUAAGGAUGUCCUGGCUGGGCCAAAUGCCACAAUUGCAUGCAUUGUGA